CUUGCUCCCCCCUCCCACCCCUGUACCAGGGCUGGAGUCUCCGGCAGCACGGCGCGCAACACAACACAUUGACAGCUGCGACGGAUUCACUACCGAGGGGGGGAAACGAUGGAGCACAGAGGCGCCGACUUCAACAUACUGCUAGCGACCGAUUCAUACAAGGUAACGCAUUACAAACAGUAUCCUCCCAACACGAGUAAAGUGUACUCGUACUUCGAGUGUCGUGAGAAGAGGACGGAGCCCACCAAAAACAGAAAAGUCAAAUAUGACAAAACCGUCUUCUACGGCCUACAGUACAUCCUCCACAAAUACCUAAAAGGAAAGGUGGUGACUCCGGAGAAGAUUCAGGAGGCGAAGGAGGUAUACAGAGAACACUUCCAGGACGACGUCUUCAACGAGAAGGGGUGGAAUUACAUUUUGGAGAAAUACAAUGGACACCUGCCCAUUGAAAUCAAGGCGGUGCCAGAGGGGAGCGUCAUUCCUCGAGGCAAUGUUCUGUUCACGGUGGAGAGCACGGACCCUGAAUGCUACUGGCUCACCAACUGGGUGGAGACCAUCCUGGUUCAGAUCUGGUACCCCAUCACCGUGGCGACCAACUCUAGAGAGCAGAAGAAGAUCCUCGCCAAGUACCUCCUAGAGACCUCUGGGAACUUGGAGAAGCUAGAGUACAAGCUGCAUGACUUCGGCUACAGGGGCGUGUCCUCACAAGAGACUGCCGGCAUCGGAGCCUCGGCCCAUCUGGUCAACUUCAAGGGCACGGACACGGUCGCCGGCAUCGGGGUCAUUAAGAAGUACUACGGCACCAAGGACCCUGUGCCAGGCUUCUCGGUUCCGGCCGCCGAGCACAGCACCAUCACGGCAUGGGGCAAAGACCACGAAAAAGACGCCUUUGAGCACAUCAUCAAGCAGUUUCCCAACGUGCCCGUGUCCAUAGUCAGCGACAGCUACGACAUCUACAACGCCUGUGAGAAGAUUUGGGGCGAGGACCUACGAGGGCUGAUAGAGAGGCGCAGCGCAGACGCCCCCCUGGUCGUCCGACCUGACUCUGGAAACCCUCUGGACACGGUCCUGAAGGUGUUGGAAAUCCUGGGUAAGAAGUUUCCUCCAGAGGAGAACUCUAAAGGAUUCAAGGUUCUCCCGCCUUACAUCAGAGUCAUUCAAGGAGACGGCGUUGACAUCAACACGCUUCAAGAGAUCGUGGAGGGGAUGAAGGAGCACAAGUGGUCCAUUGAGAAUAUCGCCUUCGGAUCCGGAGGGGCUCUGCUGCAGAAGCUGACCAGAGAUCUGCUCAACUGCUCUUUCAAAUGCAGCUACGUGGUCACUAAUGGACUCGGGGUGAACGUGUUCAAGGAUCCUGUGGCCGACCCCAACAAGCGGUCAAAGAAAGGCCGCCUGUCUCUACACCGAACGCAGAGCGGAGACUUCGUCACCCUGGAGGAGGGCAAGGGCGACCUGGAGGAGUACGGCGUGGACCUGCUGCACACGGUCUUUCAGAACGGGACGAUCGUGAAGACGUACACGUUUGAUGAAGUCAGAGACAAUGCCAAGCUCAAAGAGAGUGAGCUUAAGGAGCUGCUGCACUGAGUGCAGUCCUACUAAACCCUCACAUGCUAUCCAAACCCCCCAAACGACCCCUCCUUUCAACCCUUCACCUUCAGGCCUCCAGUAUCACCCUAGAGAAUGGAGGCAGAGUGCACUGCUAAUAGACCCCCCCCCCACUCCUAAAGCCCGAGAACCUGAGAAAUGUUCCUAAAAACCCGAGACUCCCUUAAAAUAUAUGGAAUUCCGCCAUCACUUCCAAAUUGCUUUUUGUUGGUUCUCCAGUGGAGUGGGGAACGAGAGAUUUGGAAACUCGCACACCUAAACGGCAAACGCCCCAAAAAGUGUGCAGGUGGGAAAAAAAAUGAAAGACAAGAAUACGUGUGAGAGAUAUUUUAAGCAACAGAUGUGUCGAGGUAGAGAAGUGGUGAUGUUAAAAAAACGUGCGUUCACACCUUUUGUGCCCCAAAUCUAAGUUUGGCGCGUUGCACCGACGGGCUGGGGAGUUCACAAAUCGAUGAAUGUGAUUGGCUGGCUGCUGAUAGGCGAGCGUCUGCAAACUCUUCCGUGCAAACUCGCGAGAAAAUGACAUGAUUGUAGGUAAUUUUCCUUUUCUUUCUUUUGUUUUUUUUUUCUCGAAUGAGCUGUCGGCAGCUGUAUGCGGAGGGAACCCGAGACGAGUCAGUCAGUGUGAGAAAGAUCAUGAAAAAAUACGAAAGCCACACCCACACCAGUGACCGUUCCCCGUGUAUUCUGUACAGAACUGUUUAGAAAAAAAAAGAAAAAUAUAUGUCUGAAUCUACUUAGCUCUGUCUUUUACGUGAAGGAAGAAAAUGAUGAUCACAGUGAGAAGCGGUGCACCGAUAACCCUGCUAAUCACGAAUACUUGUAAUUAUGCACAAUUAAUUUGUUUUUUUUCCCACAUUACUUUUACUUUUAAUGAGUAAUUAUUGCGCAGCUUCUAAGUCCAAUGUCUGUCAAGUACUACUACUAGUAUAAUACAUACUGUUAUUGUGAGUGUUAUCGGUGCAUCUCUGACCGUGUAGAAAUGAUCAUCUCCUCGCCAUCAUGUCGCCCAGCGUGCAUUCACAUCGUGAAGGUCCAAUCCAAUCAAACCAAAAAUACUAUAAACAACGGGAAUAUUUAUCCUAAUAUUUUAAGUGUUGAUUAGCGAUUACCCUGUUAUCAGACUUUCAGAGAUUUGGAUCGGAGCUUCACGAUGGCGAACGCUCAAGUCUUUGCUGUGUAAGAAAACCUACAUCUGAAAAACAGUCUUCACUGGAAUGAAGAUGAUAUAACUAUGUGUUUAUGAAAGAUUACAUAACGUGUGUGGCUACUGGGCUGAAAGUGUAUGUUAAAUGUUGGGUCUGACGUGUGCGUGUUUGUGUUUGUGUGUGUGUGUGUGUGUGUGUAUGUGUGUGCGUCCUGACAUUUUCUUCCUUUGAAGGACUGCGUAGUAUUCCUUUAUGCAAAUGUGCUCAUCGAUCGAGGGAAUAGAGAACACUCUUUUUCUUUGCUGGCCUUUUAUUCUGAAAGGGGUUGUGACGGACGGACGGAUUGACGGGCAGGUGGUAAUACGAUACCGAGUGUGUUUGUCUUUCUUUUUGGGCGACUUGAGAAAAAUGACAGUACCUUCUGAAAUGCGGUUGUAGUUGUUGGUGCGCUGUUGCCUGGUCGGCAAAACGUUGCCCUUAGUGUCACUGCCUUAACUCGAGAAAAGCAGAGAAACUUUCAGCGGAGGUGUUCUGUGUUUGAAUUUAUCGCUCAGAUGUAAACGGUAUCUUGCGUGCUAAUGCCCCUUCGGAGUUAAGUAUCUUUCCAUUCCGAGCGUCACUCCUGUUUCCAGGUUGCGAUGGGUCUCGUUGCUAAGUCGGGGGCGGAGCUGGGAGCUGGUGACGUCACAGGAAGCAAGGUUUUUGGCGGGAUUUUAAUGAUUAGUCUAAAAGUACAUUCGUGUUAAUUGGAAAACGCUAGCAUGCUACCUAAAAUGGUGAAUAUUGGAAAAGUGGCAUCCAAAAAAAGUGAAGUUGCAAUUCCUCUAAUGGCCACUAGAGGCUUUACAGCAAAAACAAACUUGUUUUGGGCUCUAAAAACCAUGAAAAUUUUACAUAGGUGAAUGUUUAUAUAAGGCACCAAAUUAAAAUAAUUAUAUGGCUUAUAUUAUUAAUUAAGUCAUUGCCCAUUUUUAAUCAGGCAUAGUUAAUCACUGCCAAGAUAGCGACAGCUAGAACCAACACACUGAGCUUCAAAACUUCUGGCUUCUUAUACAGUUGUUAUACAUAUUUACACACUCAUCUUAAAUCCACUGGCAUGCUAAUGUUAGCAUUUGGUUCUAAGUCGCUGCUACCACAGCUGCUAACUUAAAACUUUUGAAACGCCUGCUGAUAAUUUAUUCCCCAGACUGCGUUCUCUUCUCAGACAUUCAGCUGUUUUACAUUCAUAGCUUCCCACAUCUUCACCUUGGGAGCUCGGCGUUGCUAUCAGUCUGCCAAGCGUUUGGCCCUGAGCUGCUUCGCUGGAGCUCCUAGCGCGUCGCCGACCUUAUUCGCUGACCCCGCUAGUUCCCUGCGAUUUUAGGAAAAGACCUUGAAGAAGGAAAAGCCUUGUGACGUCGCCGGCUCUCUCCUCUGGCUCCGGCUCAGACGAGCUGGUGGAGACCGCAGCCAGUCACACACCGGCCGAAACAGCGUCAAAUGGUUUUAUCUUCCGUCUGAUUUUUGUUUUUUUUUUUUUGCAAUCGUCGCUGCUGUUACAUAUAAAAUCUGUCAGAUCAUCUGUUAUACAAUCGUUGAGACACAGUAGUUCCUUUCAUUUCCGAAUAUGGGGUGCAUUUAGUAAAAUUUUGGUUUUACUAUUUUGAUACUGUCUCGGUUCUUACCUCAGAGAAAUAUUAUUUUGUAUGACAAAGGAGAAAAAAAAACACAAAUGCCAGAAAAUAUCGCAGUAAAUAUCCUUAUUUACCAACAAUGCGGCCAUACUGCCUUCUCACUUGUACAUAAAAACAAGUAGUUUGACUCAAGCAAGAGAGGGCAGGGUAGGGAGACGACCACACUAGAAAAUAUUAUUAUUCUUAUUAUUAUUUUUGUCAGAACGACCAUUUUUGUACCGACAGAAGAAUAUCCAAAACUGCUUGACUGAACGGGCCGCGUGACUGUUUCUUGUGAGGUCAAGCUUUUAGCUUCUGUUAGUGUGUGUGUGUGUGUGUGUGUGGAUGUGGUCCUGUGUGAAUGCUUCGUGUGCGACGGAUGAAAAGGUGUUUGUGAGUACUUUUUUUUUCUCUCUCUCUCUCUGUCUCUCUCUCUGUUGUUGUUGUUUUACUUGUAUGUAUAUGUUGGUUGUUCCAAAUUCUCUCCCAACACACAACUGAUAUUUUAACUAACAUAAACUUGCUAUAUUGUCAACAAUACAUUGAUUAAAGAUGCCACCCUGUAA